UCACAAUGUGAGUUUUCAGUGACGCCAUUGUUUCAGUGAAUUUUUUGUCGUGGGUGAAAAUUGAUUUUUUCCUACUUAAUUAAUGGUUUAUCUGAAAUAAAAGUGUUUAAUUGUAUGAAUUGGGUAGCGUAGAAGUGACAGCGUAUGAAAUAUUCUGCCACUUUUGUCUUCGAUUUUUGCGUUGAUUUUGAUCGCAAGGAAAGGUAAGUUGUAAAGUGUGGAGAGUCGCUAUGGCUGAUGUAUCAGCAUCCGGAGCAAAUACCGUGGCUCAGAGUCCGGGAGUUUUGUCUGGAAAUCUCGGGAAUACUUCCGUGCCUCCACCACCGUUGCCCCAGCAGCAGCAGCAAAAUCCCGGCUGGCAGAUGUACAAUUUUCCCAAUAUGUACAGUGCCACGGGAUUUAGUCCUCAGUAUGCACAAUACUACAAUGCCUACUACCAGCACAUGCAGGGAUACCUGCAGCAGCAGCACUAUCAGCAACCCAGUAAGCCUCAGACGGGAACGCCAAAUGCACCACCGGGCUUUGGGAAUGCUGUAAAUGAGGCGGGUGGAGGAAAUCUUGGGAAUAAGCAUCAGGAAGACAAUCCACCAUUGCCAGCGGGGCCACCGCCACCACCAGCUCCUACAUUUUCCAAUCCGCGUGCGCCCUAUUUCAGUGGGAAUCCGCCCCAGCAGCCGUCCAAAUUCGGUCCUAUUCGGUUCAAUAUCAAUCGCCCCACGAAGCAGAGCCCCUUUCAGGGCCAUCUAGCGGCAAAUCAACAGAAACAGCAGCAGCAGCAGCAUGGACAGCAACCACAAUUCAACAAUGGACAACAGAAGAAGAAGAGGAAGAAGAACAAAAAUAAACAACAAUUCAAUGAUGCUCAAAUUCCUCCAGCUCCUCCACCACCAAUUAUAACACCGGAUCUAUCCAAGCCUCCGCCACCUCUGCCAGCAGCACCCAAAGCCCCAUCUCCUCCGGCCGUGGCUGUGUCCAAGAAAUCAACACCAAUCCCGCCAAAUCCCUUCAAUAAUCCCACAGAUGCCUGGCCAGAGAGUCUCAAUAACUACGUCACCCGGUGCUAUGCCAAGUGCAAGACGGACUUCGAUAAAGAUCAAAUUGGCAUUUGCCUAAAGGGACGGAUAACGGCAGCAGCCAAUAAGGGUGAAUUGUGGACAAAAGAUUGGGACAAUGAGCCCAUUCCCAGUGUUCACAGCGAAAGGAAUACAUUGCUAGUGCAGAGGCCACCAGUAGCUGGUCUCCUAACGCAAUACCAAAAGCCUAGUGGUGCUUCCGGGGCACAGAAUCAUCAUCAAUCCAAGAAGGGUAUUUCGCAGAGUUUGGGCGCGAGAUUGGGUUCAAAGGCCAGCAGCAGAAUAAGUCGGUCGCGUUCACGUUCACCACGGAAACGUCGUUCGUCACGCAGUUCCUCCGUCAGUCCACGACGAAAGCGCCGGAGCACGAGCUCAAGCAGUGACGCUUCAUCGUCGUACCGGGGCAAGGGCAAAGCACCCAAAUUGUCCCUGAGCACAAAGGGGCGCAAGGGUAAAAAGGGUGGAUCCCCCAGGAGAAGUGGCGCCCCCUUCUACUCGCAAAAUGGCGUGAUAGGGGGUGCUGUUGAGGGGGAUGUCGAGAGGUUGCAACAGCGUGCAGCCAGAUUCAAUAAACCGAGCGUACAGUCGAGUGUGGUGAGUGUAGUGAAUCCCUUCAAUAGGCGCAAGAAGCUUCAUAUGCCAUCGGCCAGUCGGCCUUUUGUCGAUGAUGCUGAAGAUGGGAAUCGCUUUGAUCUGUCGGAUAUUCAUAUUGUGGGCACGUGCAGGGAUGUGGAAAAGUCUUUCUUAAGGCUGACCAAGGCUCCGGCACCCAAUGAAGUUAGGCCAGUGGAUGUCCUCAAGAUUUCACUGGCCAGCGUCAAGGCCAAAUGGGUGGAGAAGCAAGACUAUGUCUAUGCGUGUGAUCAGCUCAAGUCCAUUCGGCAGGAUUUAACGGUUCAAGGGAUUCGCGAUGGUUUUACGGUGGAAGUUUAUGAGACACACGCUAGAAUAGCAAUGGAAAAGGGUGAUCAUGAGGAAUUUAAUCAGUGUCAGACGCAAUUGAAGAUGCUUUAUGGUGAGGUUGGGGGUGAAAAUUGUUUAGAAUUCACCGCAUAUCGGAUACUCUACUACAUCUUCACGAAAAACACACUCGACUUGACCACGAUAUUGAAAUCUCUGACAGUGAAAAUGCGUGAAAAUAUAUCCGUAGCCCAUGCGUUAGAAUUAAGAACGUCAUGGGCUCUGGGUAACUAUUGCAAAUUUUUCCAAUUAUACAAAUCCGCUCCCCUUAUGGCUGGCUACCUAAUUGACUGGUUUGUCGAUAGGGAACGCAAGCUGGCACUUAAGAAUAUUAUCAAAGCCUAUCGGAUAAAUAUUCCUGUGGAAUAUAUCGCUAAAACGCUGGCUUUUGAGAAUACAACAAAAUGCACGGAGUGGCUGGAACCAUUUGAACUCACCUUCGUGAUAAGUGAUGGGGUCAAGUCGCAAAUUGACUGCAAGAAUAGCAUGAAUGUCGUUGGAAAUAUCUAAGAAAAAAAAGGAAAAGAGAGUUAGGAAGAGGAGUUAGAGAUUCGUCAUCUCUGGGAGAUGGAAAGAAAAUGAGGGAAAAUUAAUGUUAAAUAAAUAAUGCUGCAAGGCGGGAAGAUUUUAAUUGGAGGAUUUGGAAGAGAGGGCAGAGGAGAGGAUUGGGAGAUGCUGGAGCUGCUUCAGCGCGGGAAGCAACGGUGGAUGGAGACAAACGCGCGUUCAAGGACAAUUUAAUUCACAUUUAUAGAAAGAACAUUGAAAGAAAAAUGCAUUUUGCAAAAGAGUGUGCGUGGACUAAUUUUUAGAGACUCUAAUUUUUAAAAAUAAAAAGUGUUAAGUGCGGAAGAAUAAGAAAAAAAAACAAAGGACAAAGACUUUAAAAAAUAGCGCGAGUGAUAAAAAGGGACUUGGAUUUAAAAUUAUCUAUUUAAAUAAUAAAAACAAAAGUAUCUCUGAUUUUAAACUAAAAAAAACCAAUAAAAUAAUUGUGAUAUAAAUAAUACCAGAGACACUAAAUAUUAAAAAAAAAAUAUAAGAGAAAAUAUUUCCCCAAGAAAAUUGGAAAAAAUAAUCUCUCUGGAUGGCGAUCAAGAUUUAAGCUAGUUUUUAAGGCAAAAAAAACCACACAACAAAGAUAUUUUUUAUGUUAUAAAUUUCCAGGUUUCUCCUAAAGUUUCUUUUUACAAAAAAACAUACAAAAGAUAUAAUUAAUGAAUUUCCGGAGACAGAGAGAGAGAAACAGAUGACAUCCAAUUAAUCCAAUGGGGAAUUUGCUGUGUAUACAAAUUCAAAUCAACAAUAUUUUUCCAUCCCCAGCGAAUCUUCCUUAAAAAAUAAUUCCAAAAUCCCAAUGAAAUCCUUCUUGAGCAACUCUAUGAACAAUCCUUUCUUUUCUCACAAAAUGCCUUCCUUCGUAUUUUCCAAUUGAUCUGCUUUUGAAUGCGGAGAAGUGGGAAUUGAAGGAAGGAUUCCUGUCUCAAGAUUAUCCUCAAAAAAAAAAAAUUUUGGUGUGCCACUCUGCAGACAUCCGUCGAAGGAGAUUUGUACAUUAUUAAAACAAAAACAAUUUAAUCUCUUUGUUCAAUUUGACAAUUAAUUCCCUCUAAUAUUUUUUUAUCUCUUGUUUUUGGUCCAAAGAACAUUUUUUUGAGCUAUAAAAAACAAGAAUUUUCCUGAGAUUAUUAUUUGCAUUUCUUUGCCGAUAAACAUUUUUUUUAAAUUCUUUUGUUGAAUGAAACUAUAAUUUUUUUUAAGUUAUUUAUUUGGGAGGGAAAUGAACAAAGAGAUUUCUCUGUGUAAAUAUUGCGUUGAAAAAAGGAUAAAUAAAUAAUUAAUAAUAUUAAAAA